AUGGAAACCGCACUGACAACAGCUAUACCCAAACUCACAGCCCUUCCCCCUCCCAUCUCUUCCAAAUCAUUUUCUCUCAGAUUUUCCCUCACUUUCCCGGCAAGCAAUAAUAAUUAUAACUAUAUAAGGAAAAACACUUGUGUUAAGCAAACUUGUUCACUCUCUCACAUUCCACUGAGAGUGUGUGCAAGUUCCCAAUCCCAGGCAGCAGCCGAAGCCACCAAAGUCUCCUCUAUACCUUCUGAAAUGAAGGCAUGCGUGUAUGGAGAAUAUGGGGGUGUGGAAGUUUUGAAGUUUGAUGAUAAAGUUUCAGUUCCUCAAGUGAAAGAGGACCAGGUUUUGAUUAAGGUUGUCGCUGCUGCUCUUAACCCUGUUGAUGCCAAGAGAAGACAGGGCAAGUUCAAAACCACUGAUUCUCCCCUUCCGACUGUUCCUGGAUAUGAUGUUGCUGGAGUGGUGGUAAAAGUUGGCAGUCAAGUGAAGGAACUAAAAGAGGGGGAUGCAGUCUAUGGCAACAUAAAUGAAAAGGCAUUGGAAGGGCCAAAACAAUUUGGCUCUUUGGCUGAAUACACUGCUGUUGAAGAGAAGUUAUUAGCCCUGAAACCUAAGAAUCUUGAUUUUAUACAAGCUGCUGGUCUUCCUCUAGCAAUUGAGACUGCAUAUGAGGGUCUGGAGAGGACUGGCUUCUCUGCUGGGAAAUCCAUUCUUGUUUUGAAUGGUGCUGGUGGUGUUGGAAGCCUCGUGAUUCAGCUAGCAAAACAUGUGUUCGGUGCGUCAAGAAUCGCAGCUACUUCAAGCACUGGAAAAUUGGAGUUACUGAAGAGCUUGGGGGCUGAUUUGGCUAUCGACUACACUAAAGAGAACAUAGAAGAUUUGCCAGAAAAGUUUGAUGUAGUGUAUGAUGCUAUUGGCCAAUGUGACAAGGCGGUAAAGGUUGUGAAAGAAGGGGGCAGCGUAGUGGCCUUAACCGGUGCAGUCACACCCCCUGGUUUUAGAUUUGUGGUCACUUCCAACGGAGAUACUUUGAAGACACUAAACCCAUAUUUGGAGAGUGGAAAGGUAAAGCCAGUGGUCGAUCCUAAAGGACCAUUCCCAUUUUCUCAGGUUGCAGAGGCUUUUUCUUACAUUGAAACAAACCGAGCAACCGGCAAGAAAAACAUUGGAUUGAAGUUACCCCAGAGAAGAGUUAGAAGUGCUAGAGGCAAGAGAAGGAAGAUUUUCGUUGGGAAUGUCAACAAUAAUGUUGAUUCAAGUCCCUGA